AUGCCUCGACGCCAAGCCUUUGCUUCCGUAGGUUCAGCUCCCGUCCGACGCCAUGAUCGUCGCUGCCUGUUGCGCAUGCGAGCCCAGCCGAGCCAGUCUUUGGUUGGUGACGAUCUGCAUGCUCCGUUGCUGCCUCUUUGGGCCCUGCGCAUCGACACUGCUGUCGAGCGUCUGCCAACCUGCAUGCGCGUGCCAAGCCUCGCACCCGGUGUUCUGGCGAAACCUUCCUUCUUCUUGACAGGCGCACCUCGCAAAUCUCGAGUUCAAUCUCCCCUUGACUUGCCCGCUCCUGUGCCUCCCUCGGUGUCCAGUCACAAGCCCAGCCAGAGUGAUGAGCGCCGACCCUCGAAAUUCCAAUCCCGGGCUGGCUUGGCACGCCCUGCACCGUCGAUCAUCCAGGGUCCGCCAGAUGUUUUUUCUGGCACCUCACCACACCCACGCGCGCGCGACCAUCUCCGCACCGAGCCAAGCUCUUUGCUCCGGGCUCGCUGCCCUGCCAAAUGUCCGCCCUGCGUGCGUCUCGGUGUUCAUGUGACUAAAGUGGAUGCGAGGCAGGGCACGCUGGCCUUACCUGCGUCUUUGCUCUCGCUGCCGAACUGCCGUCCAUGGCCGAUCGGGGUUCCCGAUCAGUCAUCCAGCCCCAUCGCGAUGGCAGCCAACGAUACCGCUGGUAGCGAGGCGGUGCCCGCGCUCGCUUACGCCUCGGCCUCCAUGCGCCACGUCGAGCUUCCAUCGACACCCUCGCUGCCACUCCCCUUUGGUCCCUCGCUUUCCUAUGCCCAGACCUCGCAGGCACGCAACUGGCGCUUCAGCACCUCGGCACUCGCGCGAAUCCGAAGCGAAGCCAACCUCGCUGCGCGUCGGCGCCUCGAAGCUAUCUGGUCCGAAGAACACGCCGCGUCCUCGUCCAGCUCCGCGCCCAGCAUCCCCUUCCUCUCGGUCGACGACGAGCUCGCACUCAUCACCUACUACCUCGUCAAAGUGGGUCAGAUCGUACGCGCAUUCGGCCUUCCUGAGCUCGUAGAAGCCACAGCCACUACAUUCGUCAAGCGCUUCUACCUGCGCAACACGUGCAUGGACUUCCACCCGAAGAACAUUGUCAUCACCUGCAUCUUCCUCGCGUCCAAAGCGGAGAAUUAUGCGCUGAACCUGGGCGAGUUUGCACGCAAGCUCGCGGGCAAGUCGAACGAUCGUGCCGUCAUCGAGGAGAACAGACGCACCGUGCUCGAUCUCGAGUUCCUCGUCUCGCAGAGUCUGCAGUUCGAGUAUGCCGUCACGGGCGCCCAUCGCGCGCUUUACGGGCUGCUCCUCGACCUUCAAUCGCUCCCCGAUAACCAGGCGCCUGCAAGGGAGGAGCUGCACAAGAUCGCGGCCGCCGCACAUGCUCGGCUGUCGACAUCACGACUUACAGAUGCAGAGUUCGUCUACACGCCGUCGCAGAUCGCACUCGCAUGCGUGCGCGGCGCCGCACCCGACACAAAGCUCGUCGACAAUUGGAUCAAUGCCAAGCAGUCGCGUGCACGCACUGUCGCUCUCGCCGCCAAAGCCAGCCGGACGGCGCUGCGCGAUGCAGAAACCGCACGCGCGGCUAAAGCCAAGAUCGCACAUGCCCGCCGAACCAAAGGCAAAGCAGGCGCCAAGGCGGCUGAAGACCAGCUCGCCGCGGCAGCUGCCACACCACAGCAGAACUUCGAGUUUGACGACGCUCAGAUCGAAGCGGAUCCGCUCGGCAUGUCGAUCGACGAGCUCACACGCACGCUCGACGAGAUCAACGCGCUCAUCGACACCAGAGAGACGGGCGGAUAUACGGGCCAUGGCAAGGGCGCAGAGGAUGUGGACCGGGUCAAAGAGAUCGACAAGCGCCAGAAACUGUGCAUGAAUCCGGAAAAGAAUCCGGCCUCGACAGUCUAUCGCAAGCGACAGGCUGAUGCCGAAGACGCCCAGGCGGCGAGUAAGAAACAGAGGACCAGCGGCGCUAACGCAGAUUCGGACGACGACGAUGUACCAGUCGCAAAGGACUUUGCGGUCAAACCGGAACCCGCCGUUUAG